GGAGGGGGAGGGAAGAAAGGCAGAGACGGACGGAGUGGUUUCUUUCUUUCCUUUUUUUUUUUUUUAGAGAGAGAGACAGAGAGAGAGAAGAGCAGACUCACCAAAUACUCUGCAAGCUCCGUCAAAAGCUGAGUGACUAUGAGCACCUCAGGGCUUCAGGCCACUAACCGGCAGAACGUGAAGGAGCUCGACAGCAUGAAGGAGUCCAUCAGCGACAUCAUCAACCAGCUCCAGGACAUCGACCCGGCCAGGCUCUCCUUCUCCCCCUUCCUGGACCUGGAUACUCAGAUCUCUUUGGCGCCGGUGUCAGACAGCCCAGAGUCCUCGGUGGAGGAGCUGCACUCGUCCUCCCACUCUGUCUCCGGCUCCCAGCGCUCCCUUGAACCACCACCAGCAACCGAUCAGCCAAAGAGCUCUGCUCCCUGCCACCAGCAGCCCAACGACGGCCUCCCAGAUGAGCCACGAGCAGAUCAGACAGAGGAGGGGGAGCUGGAUCAAACAGUUUCCAGUCAUAUCAUCACAGCACACAAUUUGGACGCUGCCACGGAAAACUGCAUCAGCACUCCAACCCCGGCCUCUCAGGGAGACAUUCCCAAUGGCACAGACACACCGAGAUGGAGUCCAGAAUCCACCAACCUGGACUCCACUGUGGACGAGGGUCGACCUCUGAUAGGCCCACCGCCAGAGAGUGUGGAGCUGACAGUGUGGAGCUCAGAGGCACAGCGAGAGACUUGCGAGGCCGUAGAAGAACCUUCGGAUCGGGGGAGAUGCUGCUGCCAGUGUAAAUCCUGUCGGAGCGGCCGGGUUCCUGCUUUCUACUCAGUCGUGGCCUCUCUUCUGUGUGCAGCCGGGAUCCUCUAUGCACUCUAUUUCUAUGUCCCCAUUAAACCCCCCGACUGCCCCGACAUAGGCAGCCGCAUCCUUUUCACCCUCUGCUGCUGUGUGGUGGCAGCCAUCCCCAUUCUCCUCGCGAUGCUCAUGGGUGCGGUGUGCCAGUUCUGCACCGGCUCCCUUAGUCUGCAGGAGUCAUUUCCCAGAAGACGGUCGGUGCAGCAGCUGUUUGUCACGGCGUCCUUGGAACAGUUUCUCCUCUAUGUCCUCAACCUUGUCGUUAUGGCCACUUUACUGCCUCAAGAUCAGCUGAAGUUGGUGCCUAUACUGGUUGCCAUAUUCAUCUUUGGAAGGCUUGUUUACUGGGUCAGCCUGAACGUGUGCAGCUCCUGGCGAGGCUUCGGCUCCGGCCUGACCGUCUUCCCGCUCAUUGCCAUGGUGGCUCUCAAUCUGUUCCUCAUGUACAUCCUGAAUCUCAAAGAGCCACUUUUUGGCUCUCAGGACGUCCUCUAUAAUCAGGUCACCCCCUCUUCCUGGUCAGAAACAUCACAGAACCAGAGUGGCAAACCAGACAUCCUACCCACAGUCAUCCUGGACUCUCAGUGAGGAGGCGAGCUGCGCUUUCUUCUUUCAGAGGAGGAGAUCUUUCCAAAAAUAGGCCAUUCCUGUGGUCUGCAGUUCAGCACAGCUACACACGCUGCCACUAUAACCUCCAAGUCUGUGACGGCUUAACUUGUAUUUUUGCUCCUCCUAUACAGGACUGUUUUUUAAAAUGUGGAUUCAUGCUUAUUAUCUGAAAUGCAAGAGCUCUUUGCCUGCUAGUGGCAGAUGAAGCCUUUGAACAAUGCUGUAGUCUUAAAACAUGUGUCCUUUUAAGCUAUUCCAGUGCCUAUAUUUAAUGUUUUGAACUCUAAGUACUUAAAAACUCUGCUAUAUAUAUGACUGAAUUUGGUUUGACCUUAAAAAAAAACCACAAGCAAAGCAAAUUCAAUUCUCAGACUUUAUUAUUUUGACUGUCCAAAAAGUUUGUAUAUGGUGAAGGCAGAAU